GGUGACUUAUUUGUUGGCUCACCCUUGGGAGUGGAGCCAAAGAUGAAAUGAGAAACUUAUGCAAACUCAAGCUUUGUGGAACCACCUUGUCGGGUAAACUUAUAAGGACACGACAAUCAAAAACACAAAUCCAUAUGAUUCCAUCUCACUAUCAGUUCUAAAUUCUGUCUCCUCUGCCUCUCUGCCAAGUCUCUGUCAACACUACAAGUCUAUCUCCUUAAUCCUUACUUUUUUUCUGAAAAAGGGUUGGGACUCAUUUCAUUUCAUGUGAAGAAGAAUAGCUUAUAUUAGACAUCCAUAUACAAGUGAUGUGUCACGUAUGAGCAUUUCACAUUUGGGGUGCUCUUAACCGAGGUAAAGGAACAAUGAGUAAGAGUUGUUCUGUUCUGCUUUUUGGCUUUGUACUUGUGCUUUGUCUCUUCUCUCCAACUUCAGCCACACCACCUCCUGCUAAAGUUGUUACUGGGGUUGUUUCCAACGUGGUUUCUGCUCUUAUUAAAUGGCUAUGGUCACUAAGUGUAAAGUCCACAACCAAACCUGGUAGAGUGCAACACAGCCGCUCCAUGGUUAAAUUUGAGAGUGGCUACAGUGUGGAAACAAUAUUCGACGGAAGUCAGCUUGGAAUUGAGCCACACUCAGUGAAAAUAUCUCCAAAUGGUGAAUUUCUAGUACUGGAUUCUGAGAACAGUAACAUCUACAAGGUCUCUGGCUCAAUGUCCCGAUAUAGCAGACCCAAAUUGCUUGCUGGAUCAGCUGAAGGGAAUAUUGGACACAUAGAUGGGAGGCCUAGAGAAGCUAGAAUGAACCACCCUAAAGGACUUACAGUGGAUGACAGAGGGAAUAUCUACAUAGCAGACACAUUGAAUAUGGCCAUCAGAAAGAUCAGUGAUGAAGGGGUUACCACCAUUGCAGGUGGGAAAAGGGGCUAUGCAGCAGGUCAUGUUGAUGGUCCAAGUGAGGAUGCUAAGUUUUCAAAUGACUUUGAUGUAGUUUAUGUUGGUAGUAGCUGCUCUCUUCUGGUGGUGGAUAGAGGAAACCAUGCUAUCCGAGAGAUUCAACUCCAUCAAGAUGACUGCACUAGUUAUGAUGAAGAUGACAAUAGUUUCAACUUAGGAAUAGUGGUGCUUGUUGCUGCUGCAUUCUUUGGCUAUAUGUUGGCAUUGCUGCAGUGGAGGGUGAGGGCUAUGUUUUCUUCUCCAGAUGAUCCAAGAGCUCCUUCAAGGAAGAAAGGAGCACCAUUUGUAGCACAGCAAAUGCAAAGGCCUCCUCCUACUACAAAGUCAGUCAGGCCUCCUUUGAUUCCAAAUGAAGAUGAAUUUGAGAAACAAGAUGAGGGCUUCUUUGUUUCCCUUGGAAGACUAUUCCUGAACUCUGGCACAUGCAUGAGUGAAAUUCUGGGGGGCUUGUUCUCAGGAUCCAAAAGAAAAUCACUGCAGUAUCAUCAGUAUCAGCAGCAGUAUCAGUAUGCUAAUAGAUAUCCCAAUGCAUGGCCCAUGCAAGAGAGUUUUGUCAUUCCAGAUGAAGAUGAACCUCCUCCUUCUUUAGAAACUAAAACACCCACACCUAGGGAAACAUAUCCUAUCAUGACCAAAGAGCUUGAAAAACCACAGCACUUCAAGCCAAGUAGGGGUUACUUGAAAAGGUGGGAGGGUGGUGAUUAUCAAGAACAACAUCAACAACUUCAACAACAUCAUCAGCAACAUCAACAAGAGCAUCCCAAGUUGCAACAUCAACAGCACCAACAACAGGUCAAGCUCCAACAUCAGCACCAAGUUCACACACGUUAUUCUUCCACCCCUCAAGGUUAUUAUGAACAGAACUGCGAGACAAAUGAGAUUGUGUUUGGUGCAGUUCAAGAGCAUGAUGGAAGACGCGAAGCCAUGGUGAUAAAGGCUGUAGAUUAUGGGGAUCCAAAGUACACUCACCACAAUAUCCGCCCAAGAUUAAAUUAUGUCGGUUACUCCCAUGGUUAUUGAAGAUUAGUGAUAAUUUCAUCAUAGCAUCAAAGUGAUAGAACUCAUGGACUUAGCUAAAAAAAAAUGAAAGACAGAGCAUUUCUCUUGCUUCAUUUUCUCUACCUAGAAAUGUCACAUUAAUUAGUCUUACAAUCACAAAUCAAAAUCAUAAGGGAGAGAAAUAGGGAGGGAGCUAGAGGACACACUAAUCCUGAAAAGUUUCUUCUGAGUGAAUGCUGUAAAUGAGGAUGAUCAGUACUAAUGCUUGAGUGCAAUCUUUACUAAAA